GACAAGGCCGUGCUGAUAAGCGAGGCUAAAAAAAAAGGCGGAGUACCUGCCAGAUAAAUCAGAUAAAUACGAUUCUAGAGAUGUGGAAAGACUUCACCAAGAUGAUAAAUGGGUUGAAAAUUAUCUGAUUUGGCGUCAUGAUGUUGUGGAUGAUACAUUAAAGAUGAUUGAUGAAAGCUUUCAGUGGAGGAAAGAAUAUACAGUUAAUGACUUGACAGAAUCUGUCCUUCCAAAAUGGUUAUUUGAAAAUGGUUCUCUCUUUCUGCAUGGAUAUGAUAAGGAGGGCUAUAAAUUAUUUUGGUUCAGAGUGAAACAUCAUAUAAGAGAUCCUAAACAACAACUUGAGAAAAAGAAACUGGUAGCUUUUUGGUUAGAACAUUAUGCCAAGAGAGAUCAUGGGAAGCCCUUAACAGUGGUAUUUGACAUGGCUGAAACUGGAAUCAGUCACAUAGACUUGGAUUUUGUUCGGUUUAUUGUCAACUGUUUUACAGAUUAUUACCCAAACUUCCUCACAAAGAUAGUGAUCUUUGAAAUGCCAUGGAUAAUGAAUGCUGCUUUUAAAAUUGUGAAGGGUUGGCUUGGCCCAGAUGCAAUAAGCAUGUUAAAGUUCACGAACAAGAGUGAUGUACAGGAAUACAUCAGUGGAGAGUAUCUGCCACCUCACAUGGGUGGAACUGAUUCUUUCAAGUACAGUUAUCCUCCAUUGGUUGAUGAUGAUUUUCAAACGCCUUUAUGUGAAAAUGGACCCAUUACUAGUGAAGAUGAGCAUGAAAGUAAAGAAGAGAUAGAUGCGGACACCAAGGAGACUGGGGAGCUGAAUGAAGAACAAAACCUUAAUCAGAAAAAGAUGAAUUCUAUAGAACAAAUUUCCAAAUCAGAGGAAACUGACAAAACAGAGAUCAAACCAAAAAAUGCAAAGAAAACAUUAACCACUUUUAAAGGACCUUUAUUACAUAUCAGCCCAGCAGAAGAACUGUAUUUUGGAUCCAAAGAAACUGGGGAGAAAAAAUGUUUGAUAGUUCUCACAAAUGUCACUAAAAACAUAGUAGCUUUUAAGGUGAGAACAACUGCUCCUGAAAAAUACAGAGUUAAACCCAGUAACAGCAGCUGUGAACCUGGCACAUCGUUGGAUAUAGUAGUCUCUCUUCAUGGUGGUUUUGCAGCUUCUCUGCAAGAUCGUUUCCUUAUAAUGGCAGCAGAAAUGGACCAGUCUUCUGGAGCAAGUGUACCAGAACUGACUCAGUUUUGGAAAGAAGUCCCUAGGACCAAAGUGAUGGAACAUAGGCUCAGGUGUCAUGUUGUAGAAAGUAGUAAGCCUUCUUCUCUGACAUUAAAAGAGAACACAUUUAAUAUUCCAGCAAAAACCAAUGAAGAUUUACAUAUACAGUUAACUCGUUUACUGCAAAUUAAUAGAAGACUUCAAGAGCAGAUUGAUCGCUGCCUCUGGUUCCAGCAGUUGUCAGUUGUUUUAUCAUUACUAUCAAUUACUGUUGUUGCCUUCUGCUUCUACCUGGCGUGUACCCAGAGAAGCUAAAAAGAAUUGCUUUGCACUGGAUGUGCUGCCUAUCAUGAUUAGUUGGACUGGAAGAGAUUGCAGUGCUGCACUCAGAUUCUGGAACUGCCAAAAUGAGGUUUUUGAGCCCACAACAAUGAACGAUGAUACAAUUUGCUGAAAAAAAAAGAAGACAUGGAUGACCAGCAAAGGAAAUUACUGAAAGUUGACACUUAGAACAGUGCAUGAGGAAGAUGUUAGAGCUAGGACCUAUUUUCACUGUACAACUCAAUAAAUACUACUGAACUGGAAGGAGGAAACCAAAUACAACAGCAUAAUUUAAAACGGGGUUUUUUUCCCUCUAUUCAACUACUUUAAAUACAACAUUUUGUUUCUUUUCAUCAUAUUUAUUCCUACAUCCUGAAUUACUCUCAUAGAAGGUGCAAGCAGUCAACUUAAGUGUAUUCUAAAGGUUAACUUGUUCAUUCAGGAAAAUUUACAGAAAUUAUGUAGUACAGGCAGAUUUUUUUAUAUCAUCUAUGUACGUGCACAUAUAAAGGAAGAUAUUUGUUGUUAGUAAUUAUUUUGGUAAUUCAGGCUCAUUGCUUUCAUUGGUUAAAUUCCUUAUUUUUGUGCUUUUUCUGAAUGCAAAGUUAUUGUAAAUAUUUCCUACCAAAUAACAUACACACAGCCAUAUUGACCAGGAAUAUAAUCCUUGUUUGAUUCCAAAGAUAGUAAUGAAAUAAUCAUGAUGAGACACUAUUCCUAUUCUUUCCUUUUUUUUUUUUUUUUUUUUGAAAGCAACUUGUAGUUCCGAAUUGCGGAAGGAGUGUGAGAGUUGACUUUUGAUGACCUAUGAACAGUUCAUAAAAAGGCUAAUAAAUAGUCAAUGUAAGAACUUAUUCUGAGAUGUGCAAUAUGCUUAAAUUACAGAUGAAUUUAUGAAAAAAGCAAGUCAAUUCAGGAAGAUUAAAUAUUGUUGAAGGCAACAUACAAGUAUUAUAUCUGCCAUUUCUCAGAAACUGAUGUAGAAAUGGUGUAUGAAGCUAGCGAGAACUUAUGCUAACAAGGAUUCUUUGUACUCAUUGCUGUAAAUAUGUAUAUUAAAAUGAUGAACACUUAAAAGGAGACUGAUGGUAUCUUUCAUACAUUUAAAAUUUUCACUCUUGAUGAGGUCUAAAAAUUCAAAAUAAUUUCUUUACUAGAAUUAAUUUUUGCUACAAAUUGGCUUUGUAAGAGAUCACUUAGUUUUGUCUGUUGACUUCAAUAGAUAAGAAGAGAUUAUUGAGGAAAAACAAAGGUCAUACUCUUCUUCUGUCUUUUUGCUUAUAGUAUCUCUCCAGUGUGUUGUAGAUGUAUCAUUUCUAGGAAAUAGAAAAGGGCAGUUUAAAAAAUGCAUUAGUAAACUGAUUAACUAAUAAAGCAGAGUAUCAAUAUGAUUACUAAAAAAAUUACCAUGUAAAAGGCAAGUCUACAGAACUGUUUGGUGCAAAGUCUUCUGUCCUUUCUUAAUUUAUACAAUGGUUUACCACAUCUACAUUUUCUUAAUUUUUCACUAAUCUCAUUUCUGUUCAGUUUGUUUCUCAGUAUUUUGUUUUCUUAAUGAGUUGGCAACUUAUAUGUUCACUGCUUACUAUAAAGCUGUUAUUUAGGUUAUUUUCAGGUGCAUGCAACUCAAAUGCUUUGCUUCCAACAAAAUGGGUUGUUGUCUUGUUGAGAAAGGUAACAAAGUAAUUUAUAACUUUAAGAUAAUAAUAACCAUGCUAUUAAAAUGCCGAUUCCUUAAUUUGAGUGGAUUGAAUAGCACUUUACUGUAAAAUUGCAAGAAAUAUAUUCUUAGAGUCUUUGCCAAUAUGGAUAUUUUAAUGUUUGGGUGCUUUCAUAUAUUUUCAGUAUUUUAUUACUAUGUUGGUAUUUUCUUUGUAUGAUGAAUCAGAUGAACAUCUUUUCUAUUUUAAUAUGUUUUAGAAAAAUACAGUUACAAAAUAAAUAUGAGGAACUA